AUGUCAAACAAAUUAGGCUCCUCUACUUUGUUAAUUGCCCCAGAUUGGCCUAUAAAUACCGAACAUAAACAAACCCCACAGCAUAUAUCACCGCUAAAUUAAACCUACCAAAUUAUUGACGAGAUUCAUUGUUUACGAGAAUGUCGAUUUGCCAAGGUAAGAGUUCGUGGCCUGAGCUUGUUGGAGCAUCAGGAGAAGAUGCUGCAGCCACAAUAGAAAGGGAGAACACGCUUGUGGAUGCUAUAAUUGUCAAGGAAGGAACCUCUGUUAUUGAUAACUUUAGCUGCGAGAGGGUUUGGGUUUGGGUUAACUGCGACAACGUUGUUGUUAGCAUUCCCAAGAUCGGUUAAUCCAGAUUAUUCAUAACCUGGUCUUUCUAGUGUGCGCACAUGAGCACACACUAGAAAAUCCGAUCAUAAUAAUACCCCAACAAAUAAACUACUUGUUCUUAUAAUUUUCUGUACUGCAUUUCAAUAAAUAUGAAAUAAAAUCGUAUUAUAAUAA